AUGGCCUAUGAGAUUAUCGAUGGUAAGAAGGUAGCUGCGGAAGUGAGGAAGGAGCUCAAGCAGCUGGGGGAAGAAAUGAAGGCAUGUUCUGCGUCUACCCAUGGUAUAACCCCAGGCAUCGCGGUUAUUUUGGUAGGGCAGAGACCAGAUUCUGCAACCUAUGUUCGUAUGAAGAAGAAGGCCGCAGCGGAGGUUGGGUUCAUCAGCAGAGAGAAGGUGCUACCCGAUACCUGUACGGAGGAGGAGGUCCUGGCAGCAGUGUCUCGUUUUAAUGCGGAUCCUGAGGUCCAUGGCAUUUUGGUUCAACUACCACUCCCUGCUCACAUCAGCGAGCAGAAAGUUCUUGGCAGAAUCAUGAUCGAGAAGGAUGUUGAUGGCUUUGACCCAGCAAACAUAGGUGCCUUGGCUUUGAAGGGCGUCCAACCGAAGGCGAUCUCGUGCACACCUUAUGGGGUUAUUGAGCUUCUCAAGCGUUAUAAUAUAGAGAUUGCUGGGAAAAACGCGGUGGUGGUUGGACGGAGCAAUAUCGUGGGAAUGCCGGUGGCUCUUCUGCUGAUACAUGAGAACGCGACUGUUACUGUGUGUCAUUCGAAGACAAAGGACCUGCCUGGAGUCGUCAGGAGAGCUGAUAUCGUUAUCGCAGCCAUCGGUCGGGCCAAUUUCAUAAAGGAAGAUUGGAUUAAAGAAGGAGCUGUUGUGAUCGAUGUUGGCAUCAACAGUGUUGAAGAUUCUACCAAGAAAACAGGAUACCGUCUUGUUGGUGAUGUUGACUACGAUAAUGUGAAGGAGCACUGUUCCUAUAUUACCCCUGUUCCUGGAGGAGUCGGGCCCAUGACCAUCGCGAUGCUGCUGAAGAACACUUCUUGUGGCAAGGUCUUUGUUAUGAAGACCCCCUCUCAUAUUAUGUCAUUGGAAUUCAGUUGUCUCGAUGAGCUAUGGAGGGUGGCCAGCCCUGCGGGAGAGCCCAUAGACGACCUCAACCACGAGAUCCUGGGGUAUUUCGCAGCGCCGGGCACGAAACCGAUAGAAAAGGGUCGGAGCUACACUGCCAUCGCGGAGAUGCCCUCACACUUGUUCGUUCGCCAGGGCAUCGUCAUGGGAGUAUACGCGAGCCCCAAUCAUCUUCUCGUGCGGCCUCUUUUGGAAGGUCCUACCCCUUGUCUGGCUCUGGAGACCUGUCAUACUGGGGGUUCUUAUGCAUACGACUCCGAGCAAGACCAUCUGGUCGUCCUCCACACGGAUAACUCGAGGGUAUCGGUGUACGAUAUGCAAACUGGGGUGUUCCUGCGGCUCUAUGUUGUGGGUGGUAUUGUUGUCAAUGGGGAUAAGACGAAUGUCAUUUGUGUUGAUAAUUUGCUUUUGAUGACGACUCUGACAGGUGUUCGGGUGCCAGCAUAUAGGAAUGAGCAUGUCUCGGUCCUCUCCCGUGAGAUCAUCCCUAAUCUCUGCGAGUCGAUGCGUGUGGCGGGAGUGGUUAAUGCUCAAUUCAAGCAGCAAGUAGAGCAAGUGCAUGGCGAGAUAGACAACAACCAGAAGAAGCUUGAUCAUAUAAAGGAUAUGUUGAGAGGAGAGAUCGCUCCGAAGGUGGACUCCAUAAGGUCGGCGGUGGCCCAAAGGGAGCAGGAUGCGGCUCAUAUUGAAGCAUUGCUGUCAACGGCGCAAGCAGCUCUAUCCGACUUGGAAUCUGCUGUGAACGACCUUCAUAGACAGGUGGCUAGCUACGCCAGUCAGAGGUGGUCUCAGUUAGAGAGGUCCCAGGCUAAUAGAGGGUCUAUCGGAACGUUCGGAGCUUACAACACAGCUCCCAUCUCACCAGCGUUACCUCUGCCAUCACCUUAUCUAUCACGGGAGCUGCCACCUGAGCUGAGCAAGAGGCUGCAGGAACUCUCUGGCCAGCUCGAGAGGGCAUUGGGAGCUCUGGAAGCCUACAUUAAGGAAGGCGCCGAAAAGGAGGGUUACUUGGAAGACUACAGUGGUAAUAGUAGUGGCGUCAAUGAUGGUACGGGUAAUGACAUGGCAGCUGAUGUGGAGGCUACGAUAAGGAAUCAGUAUAAUACCUUCAGACUGCUAUGUGCUCGGAAAGCGGUAUUGGCAGAGAGGGCGACAUCACUGAUGCACAGUCAGCACGUCUCACGCAGCUCAGCUGCUAUGAAUGGCGAGCCCCCGGCAGCAGCUGUCACUGUAAUCGUUGUGACGUAUUAUUCCCUCUACUACUGGGUGGACCGAGAGAGGAGUAAGAGAGGGAAGCAAGGGGAGACGGUUGAACGGAAGUCCCUGCAUGCCAGCCAAGAGUACGUCGAUCCAGAAGGAGAUUCUCCUGAGAGUGAGAAUAUAGAGAAGCCACAGUUAGCAAGGCAGAGUACAGAUAUAAGCAUGGACAUGUUUGUUAGUGACACAGAUGGUGGUGGCUUUUGCAGCGAUGAUGAGCCCGACGAGCCGACCAAGUUGCGUGCGGAAUUCCUGAGGAAAUGCUCGGCUUUUUCAAUGCUUCCAUCGACUACAUUGAUGGCGGUUUUGAAGCAUGUUCAGUUGGUCGCAUUCAAGAAGGGAGAAAAGCUCUUCGAAGAAGGUGCACCAAGAGACAAAAUACUCAUUGUCCACAGCGGUGAAGUGUCAGUAACUACGAAAGGGAAGAGUUCAUCGUAUAAAGUCCCGGCUGGAUGUGCCGCGGUCGGCCUUAUGUUCAUGCUGCUCUCCUUGGAUGAUGUUACUGCUGUGCCACACGUCUCUACUGCGGUGGCAAUAACGGAUACUGUCACGUGCUUGUCGCUUUCCGUACGAGAUAUUCGGUUUUUAUUGACGGACAGUGGCCACGCUCGAAGCAUGCUCCACCUCUUCCAAAUCCUCAACUUGCGUUUACAGAGGAUUAUCCUACCAACACUCACCCGACUCUUCGGCCUCACCAAUGACUUGUAUAGGAGAGACUCCAGUGGAGCACAACAUUUAUUCGUGCCGAAGGAUGUUAUCGAGUCUGAGGAUCCUGUUGAGAUUGCCACAUACGCUCUGAUACCAGGUGGAUCGGACCGUGACGAGCUACGAGCAGAAGUGCGGGAAUAUCUCAAAUCGGCGGGGGAGUCCAACCGAGACAUCAAAUUGGACACCUAUCACCCAGGCCAUCACUUGUUAUCUGAUGCAUCUCAUGCCGACCCCGAUAGCCCCACCGCUCCUUUCAUGGACGCUCCCGAAUAUGAGGAGGACCUCCCUCGUCAACGGCCAGAGACCGCAUCCAAAGGUGCCCACUCCCCAUUGUACGUUCUGGUGUCCGGAGAUGUCUCCGUGGAGAUGGCGUCCCCUGAUGGGAGCAUUCAAAAGGUCUAUCAGCCGCAACCCGGAGAGAUGUUUGGCGUCUUGUCCUGGGCUAUGAGUGGCUCGUCAGCGAAGGAUUGGCAGGCCACAACGGUGUCGGAGGUCAAGGCCGUCUCUAUCCCAGCUGAAAUAGCUUCUAAUGUAGCGUCCAUCGCACCAGUGUGUAUGCUUUCAAUGUUUGCCUCUACCGCGGGUCGAACCAGCGACCUUCUGCAUAGGAUCGAUGCUAGCAUUGAGUGGAGACCGUUGGAAGCAUCAAAGCAUCUAUUCGACACUGGAGAUACUCCCCAGGGCUUCUUUAUUGUUCUCUCUGGUCGACUGGUCGCCGUUGGCCCUCCCAAGAUGUCUCAACGCUAUGGUCACAAGAAGAAGGUCAGACCGAUUGUCCGAACGUAUGUCCGAGGCGAUGUUAUUGGCGAACGGGAAUGCUUGGCAAGGGAGAAGUACAGUGAGACCGUAGUAGCUGUGAGAGACUCCGAACUAUGCCGUAUCACUGAUAUGAUGCUCAACUUGAUGGGUACGACGCAAGUUGCUGAGUGCCCUCGAGGGUUGCUGGGUCUGGCAGCCUGGACAGCUAGCAGGCAGUCUUCAAUCCUUUUACCAUCUCAGGAGGUUCAGAUGGAGCAGCAGCAUCUGGGCACGUUGGACUUGGGGACUGGGAAGGCCGAGAUGACAUGUAGUAGAGUCCCCGACUCUCCCACUCCAUCGAACAGGACUCCGACCACAAUCUGCGUUAUGGGGUUGUCGGUUGAUGUGCCCCUCCACACUGCCUGUAUGUCGUUGGUAGAUGCGCUAAGAGUAGUCGGCAUCACGGCGAGUCAUGUAGAUCGAGGCUACAUGUACGGUGCGGAGGAGCGCUGCUUUAUUGAUGGUGACGAUGAGGUCGUUGCCAGAUGCACUGAUGGUCGACGAUAUGCGCAGCGUGCGGUAGCACUAGGCGAGCUCGAGGAAAGAGUUGAGGUUGUUGUCUAUGAAGCCGAUCCAUGUGGCGACGGCACUACUGUGAGCGAGUGGACUAAGCUAUGUGGAAAGCAGGCGGACACGGUACUGCUCGUAUCGUGGUUCGAUGGUGACACCAGUCUAACCUUCGCAGAACGAGCAUGUGUGUCACCAAAUUCAACGACGGAGUUAUUACUGCUCCACAGAGAAAGCAGGCGUGAGUUCGCUAACACUGCCGCGCCCUAUCGGGAUAUGCUCAAGCCGGGACUGCGUAACUACAUUAAGCACGCCAUCAAGGAGGCCGGUCUGGACGAGCAGCCCGCCACCAGGAAGUUCAUGGAGGUUAGGCCGUGGCUGAGCGCCUGCCAUCAUAUUCGGUCGGGUCCGAUGGAACACCGCGACUGGGAGAGAAUCGCCAGGAUCCUCAGUGGUCGCGCUGUUGCCUUGAUGCUGGGUGGUGGUGGAGCCAGAGGAUGUGCUCAUCUGGGAGUCCUCCGAGCUCUGUCGGAGCACCACGUGCCGGUAGAUAUGAUCGCUGGCGUUAGCAUGGGCAGUUUUGUAGCUGCGGUGUUUGCUAUGACUGGUAACUACAAAGCGAUGAUGGAAAGAGUUGCUGUGGUAUUCAAAGACUCCUUUUCCCUGAUGAGCAUCCUUACUGACCUCACUUUCCCUUCUACUGCAUAUUUCAAAGGUCAUCUUUUAAACAACGGCCUCCAACGAGCCUUCGCCCAGGUCCGUAUAGAGGAUCUGUGGUUGCCGUUCAUUUGCAUAUCCACCGACAUAGUCGGCUUCAAAGAAAGAGUUCACGACUCUGGAACUCUAUGGAAGGCCGUGCGAGCUUCAAUGAGCCUAGCAGGAUUCAUACCGCCAAUGCCCGAUGAGAACCACCCAGGGAGUCUGCUGGUUGACGGCGCUUAUGUGAAUAACUUCCCAGUGGAGCAUGUCCGUGCUAUGGGCGCAAGUAUAGUCAUAAGCGUUGAUGUGGCAUCAGAGUUCAACCCAAUCGGAGCCGACUACGGCGACUGUCUCUCUGGUGUUCCUGCUCUGGUCCGAACCGCGUCAUCACUCAUCGGCGUGGACCGCUGUCCUCGUCGCAGUCCUAGUAGACCGAGUCCACCCUCUCUGGGGGAUAUUCAGGAGCGUCUAAUGUACAUCUCUGAUACGGCGAAGAAUGCUAUUCGUCUACGGCAGAUCGACCUCGCGCUUCGUCCUCCGAUUGACCAGUUCGCCCUGUUGGAUUUUCGCAAAUACGAAACGAUCGCAGAAGUCGGAUACACCUAUGCGACGCCUCGCGUUGAAGAAUGGUUGCGCAACUCCCCGGUAGGACAAGUGGUAGCUCGUAUCGCCAGACAGAGUGAAGCACUCGGAGUACGUCACUCUCACGGAAGAAUGCGGGCUGUGAAGAAACAGCAUUCAAUCGCCGUCCUGCGCCGUGCCGCUGCCCGACGGGCCCGAUCUAUUAUCAGAAGAUACACCCCCUCUGAGGGCGACAACGAGCUAUGAUAACUGUUUUGUCUCCUUUCGGUCAUUUUGAUGGAACAUACCAAACAAGGAUGUUUCUGAAGGC